AUGUCUGGCAGAGGAAAGGGCGGCAAGGGGCUCGGGAAAGGAGGCGCUAAGCGGCACCGGAAAGUUCUUCGCGGCAACAUCCAGGGAAUCACCAAGCCGGCUAUUCGUCGUCUGGCUCGCCGUGGCGGUGUGAAGCGCAUUUCCGGCCUGAUCUACGAAGAGACUCGCGGUGUGCUGAAAGUGUUCCUGGAGAACGUGAUCCGCGACGCCGUCACUUAGACGGAGCAUGCCAAGAGAAAGACCGUCACCGCUAUGGAUGUGGUGUACGCCCUGAAACGCCAGGGACGCACUCUUCCGUUCUCGCUAAACGAGAGGAGCGGCCUCACCGCCAUGGCAAGAACCAAGCAGACGGCCCGUAAAUCCACUGGGGGCAAGGCGCCCAGGAAGCAGCUCGCCACGAAGGCUGCCCGCAAGAGCGCCCCCGCUACCGGCGGCGUGAAGAAGCCUCACCGUUACAGGCCCGGCACCGUGGCUCUGAGGGAGAUCCGCCGUUAUCAGAAAUCUACUGAGCUGCUCAUCCGUAAGCUGCCCUUCCAGCGCCUGGUAAGAGAAAUCGCUCAGGACUUUAAGACCGAUUUGCGCUUCCAGAGCUCGGCUGUCAUGGCACUGCAGGAGGCGAGCGAGGCAUACUUGGUCGGCCUGUUCGAGGACACUAACCUGGCCCUGAUUGUCGCGAUGUCUGGCAGAGGAAAGGGCGGCAAGGGGCUCGGGAAAGGAGGCGCUAAGCGGCACCGGAAAGUUCUUCGCGACAACAUCCAGGGAAUCACCAAGCCGGCUAUUCGCCGUCUGGCUCGCCGUGGCGGUGUGAAGCGCAUUUCCGGCCUGAUCUACGAAGAGACCCGCGGUGUGCUGAAUGUGUUCCUGGAGAACGUGAUCCGCGACGCCGUCACUUACACGGAGCAUGCCAAGAGAAAAACCGUCACCGCUAUGGAUGUGGUGUACGCCCUGAAACGCCAGGGACGCACUCUGUACGGCUUCGGUGGUUAA